CCAAGUUUAAUGAUUUUUUGUUCAAAAAUUACUUGGACAAAAAGCGUCUCAGUAUUUUAUCCAAAAUUUGAAUAUUCUCUGUCCUACAUGUUCUUAAAAACAAUUUUCUUUUCUAAAAAAAAUUUGUUUCGUGACGUCACUGUUCCAUUAAUUUACAAUUUUUACAUGAUCAUAUAAAUGCGCCUUAAAAAUAUCGCGCAUGCGCGCUAGUCGUUCAACGCCAACCUAAAAUGUCACAAUAUCCUGUCAAUUACAAAUAACAAAAAAAUAAUAAUUACCACUUACUAUGCAACAGCCGUCAUACUUUACAAAUAAUCUUCAAAACAUACCCGCGUCAACAUUGUCUCUCGAUCAAAACAAUGUAUUACCGGAUUCAUCUACCGCUCACAUUCCCGUGGCUGUUGGCGGCCCGCCAUUACUGCCGCACUUGGUUAGGGGCCAAAAUAUUCAAAGUGGUCCUCAUACAAUCACAGUCACCAACAGUAUGGUGAUAGAACGCGAGCGUCAAAACCAAGAAAUUUACCGAUUUUGGUUAGCGCAGCAAAGGAGGAACUUGGGCGGAACUCAAACAGACGAAGAUUAUUUUGCGGAAUUUAAAAAUUCUAAAUUAAGGAGGAAUUUUAUAACUAAAGUUUUCUUUAUACUGUUCCUACAAUUUUUAUUCACUGCGCUAUAUAUAUCUUUCUUUAUGUUUUACCCUCCAGCUCGCGAAUUCAUAAAUCGGUAUUGGUAUUUAUGGGUCAUAGCAAUGACUAUUUUUCUGUGCUCGUACUGCAGUAUAUCAAUUACAGACUGCGGAAGAAGACAAUCCGGAUGGGGGAUAACAUUGUUGCUGCUUUUAACACUAGCAGAGUCUCACUUGGCUGCAUACAUAUCAAUACGCUUUAAUGUGGAGUUGGUGUUGAUAACGGUCGGUUUAACUGCUGCGGUAACACUUAUGGUCGCACUUGCAGCUAUUUGUUGUAAAUUCGACUUUACAAUGUGGACUGGGCUCCUGAGUAUUGUAGGCGUUGUUGCAUUAAUGUCGAUAAUUAUAAUAACCGUAACGUUAAUGUACACCAAAAUUUCGGUGGCUAUCACAAUUUUCGGCGCUAUUGGUGCUUUAAUUUUUUCUUUGUAUCUGUACUUUGACGUCCAGACGAUAAUGGGCGGAAGAAAAAUCCAAAUAUCUCCAGACGAAAUUAUCUUCGCUACAACUCAACUCUACGUUGAUAUUAUCGGACUGUAUCGUUAUUUAUUGCUACUUAUUGGAGGAUCCACUAGAAGUUACUGAAUUUUAAUAACAAUAUAUAUUUUUUCUUGCAUCUCGCCUAAUAAUUAGUCAUAAAAAAUUAUCAUUAUAAUUUUUUUAUUGUUUUGUUAUCCGAUCGUCUUUUCGUACGUACUUUGUACGUCCUUCUUAUUUAAAUUCGCCACCAAUACACUGAAGAACUUUUUUAUUCUUACUAAUAAAAGUACUAAAGAUUA